AUUUAUAAUCAUGCGUCUCGUCAUCUUGGACAGCUAUGACAAAGCAAGUGAAUGGGCUGCUAAGUAUGUCCGCAAUCGCAUACUGGAAUUCAAUCCUGGACCUGAUAGGUAUUUCACACUUGGCUUACCAACAGGUUUGUGCAGAUCUCCUAAAUUAAUCAUUUUUAUUAACAUUAUCAUUUUAUUCAAUUAUCAUUUACUAUUAUUCAAUUCUAGAUAUGCACUUCUUUCAGGAAUUGGGCCAGAUGGACACAUAGCAUUUAAUGAGCCUGGAUCAAGUCUGGUGUCUCGGACACGUGUUAAAACUCUAGCUCAAGACACUAUUAUUGCUAACUCCCGGUUCUUUGGUGGAGAUAUUUCAAAAGUACCUACCAUGGCAUUGACUGUUGGUGUUGGAACUGUUAUGGAUGCAAGAGAGGUGAUGAUAAUAAUCACAGGUGCUCACAAGUCUUUUGCAUUAUACAAAGCAAUUGAGGAAGGUAUCAGUCACAUGUGGACAGUAUCCGCAUUCCAGCAACAUCCACGUACAAUAUUUGUCUGCGAUGAGGAUGCCACACUAGAACUACGAGUAAAAACAGUCAAGUACUUUAAAGGUCUGAUGUACGUGCAUAACAAGCUUGUUGAGGAUAGCGAAGAUUAUCAAGAAGUGAAGAGACAGAAGAAGAAAUAAACUUCAUAUUAACACAUACAGUGACUUGACUGUUCUAUUGAGGUGCCAGUUUUAUACUCCAAACAUUAUGUUCACAAAUAUUUUAAAUAUUUCCAUAAUACUGUAUUAUACAUUCCAAAGUGUGCUAAACAUAUAACAAAUAAUACACUCAAUUAAAACAUUGAAGUUUAUUUUUUUUUUUUAAAGUUUUUUAGCUUAACCUAAAAGGAUCAGUGACAAAAGAUUAUGUUUAAUUAUUAGUGUCUGAAAUGAGUUCGGUGCAGCACUUGCGCUUUGGGCUUCCAAACCAAAUGUCCGCAUCAUGAGGCCGGACACUUGUUGGUACUUGGGUAGGAUACUUUAUCUAUGUUGUUCCUUGCCAUCUAGGGUGUGUGGAGGAUGAUACGCCGACUGCUAGCUUAUAUUAAUAAAAAUGAUUUAUUAUUUUACUCCCCUUGCAAACAUUCAAUAUUUUGACUAUCUUCUAUGUAUGAUGGAUGUGACAAUAAUGUCAAACACAGCCAUUAGAUGAUGAUACACUAUUAAGAAUUUUUUUUUUUUGUAAUUGGUCGUAAGAAAUUUACAACUAUUCUCAGUGUUAGACCCUGUGCAAAAGCUUGCCCGAAUUUUCCAAUUUCGAAAUUGGUAAUAUUUUUAAACAAAUAUGUUAUUGUGAUUUGAGUUUGGUGCUUAAUAAUAAAAAAGUGUCAUUUUUGUUCUUCGAAAAAUGUGAUGCUCUGGUGCUAUGACCAUCAAAACUGAUUGAAAGUAGAUAAAUUUAGGACAAUAAACGUUAACUCAAGAGUGUCAUUGUGCUGAAUUGCUUACAGUUGUGGGAGGUGACUACUGUAGCAUCUGUAGAAAGAUACAGUACUUGGUAAUUUCAUGUUCACAUCAUUCCACAGUGAGCUGGAUUGAACCUGCCCCUCGGCCACUCUAAUAGACCGCUUGCAGUGUGUUUCAUUUGUGAUGAAUAUAGGACAAUUAUUAGUGUACUAUUAGUGUACAAUCAUUGUUUCCAUGAUGAUUGCAUAAAUGUUUUAAACUAUUUUUUUUUUAGUACAGUAUACAUUUACAUGUUAUAAUUUCAGUAAAUUAUUCUAUUUUUCGUAUGAAUAAAGGACAAUUAUUGAUAUACAA